AUGCAGAUCUCUUGGGCUGUGUUCUCUGCCUGUGUCUUCAUCCAACUUGCAUUUCGAGCUGUGGAAGGGUGGCAGAUGUUUAAAAAUGAUGCUACAGAAAUCAUCCCAGAGAUCACUAAAAACACAGAAACACCUGUGGAGCAGAUCUUCAGUGACAACAACACAAUGAACCAGGCAAAGCACGGAGGAAGACACAUACAACAAGCUCCAGAACCUAAUGAUGCUUCUGACUUUAGCUGCAGAGAAAUGCGAACAACCCGCUACUUGACGGAGGGGCCCUGCCACAGCAUCAAACCCAUCAAAGAAUUGAUCUGCUCUGGGCAGUGUGUCCCCUCACACCUCCUCCCCAAUUCCAUUGGCAGAGGGAAGUGGUGGCGUCAGAACUCCCUGGAUUAUCGCUGCAUCCCCGCUCACACUCGCACUCAACGCAUCCAGAUGACUUGUCCAGGGGAAGAGACUCAGACUUACAAAUUCCGAGCUGUUACGGCCUGCAAAUGCAAACGCUACACUCGUUACCACAACCAGUCAGAGCUGAAGGAUUUUGGCAAGGAAACCAUCAGGCCUCAAAAAAACAAGAAGUCUCAUCUCUCCAGAUCUAGGAGCAGCAAAUCUAACCAGCACGAGUUAGAAAAUGCUUAUUAG